CUGGGGUUGGUUUUUUAAUUAGAUUUUUUUUCCCCCCCCCCCCUCUUUAAAAACCAAAAUCUGGGAAGUUCAUCCCAAAGCCUAUGGCAGCCUUUCAAUGUCGGACCAGGAGAGUUGUAAUAGACCUUCUUACUAAAUUAAAUGUAGAGGCUGCUCCUCCAAGGCACAUUUCAGUUCAACCGUAGUGUUUGAUUUCCCAGCCACAGCAAUAUGGUGCCUCCAGGGAAAAAGCCAGCUGGGGAAACUUCCAAUUCCAAUAAAAAAUGUAAGCGCUAUUUCAAUGAGCACUGGAAGGAAGAAUUUACCUGGCUGGAGUUUGACUAUGAGAGGAAACUCAUGUUUUGCAUAGAGUGUCGGCAGGCGCUGGUGAAGAACAAGCACGGUAAAGCGGAGAACGCUUUUACCGUGGGCACGGACAACUUCCAACGCCAUGCCCUGCUGCGGCACGUCACCUCCGGCGCGCACCGCCAGGCGCUGGCGGUGAACCGGGAGCAGCUGGCUUUCGAGACCCGCGUCCACGGCCACCCGGAGCUGCGCUCGGUCAUCAAGGUGGAGGUCAACCCGGCGAAGGUGGCCGUCCUCACCACUGUCUACUGGAUGGCGAAGGAGGAGAUCCCAGACGAGAAGUGCUCCUCCCUGCUCGACUUCCAGAAGUUCAACCUGUGCCAGGCGCUGCUGGCCUCCGAGCACAGCGAGUACUACCACCCCAGCAGCGUCAGGGAGAUGCAGGCGGCGAUCGCCAAAGUCCUGCACAACGAGGACAGGCACAGGAUAAAAGCUUCGCCGUUUGUCGGGCUGGUGGUGGACGAGACGGUGGACGUCCUGGAGCACCGCAGCCUCGCCAUGUUCACCACCACCGUCUCCCCCUGCAACGGGCAGACCUCCGCCACCUUCCUGGGGAGCUUCGAGCUGCCCGCUGGGGAGGCCUCCACGGUGGCGGGCAAGGUGGGCGAGGUGAUGCGCUCCUUCGGCAUCCCCACUAUGAAGAUCACCUGGCUCAGCGCUGACAGCGCCUCGCUGGUGGCCGAGCGGCUGAGCGGGGUGGGGACCGCGCUGACCUCCCUCUGCCCGCUCCUCACGGAGAUGCACUGCCUGUCCCACGGGAGCUCCCUGCUGCCGGCCGAGAGCAUUGUCAGCAUCGAAUACCUCCAGAAAUACGAGACCACCGUGGACGCCGUGUACAGGCUCUACUCCAGCUUCAGGGGGGAAAGCAACGGCCUGCAGGAGCUGCGGAGCGUCCUGGACCUCUGCGAGAUAGACCUCGGGAGCCCCAAAGCCAUCCACUGGACUUCUAUCUUCCCAGCCGUGGAAGCCAUCGAUUCCUCGUGGCCCACGCUGGUGCUGCUGCUGGAGAGCGAGGCGGAGCGGUCGCCCGUGGCCCACGGCCUCUGCGAAGAGCUCAAGAAGUUCCAGUUUGUGGCCUUCACCAAGAUCCUCCUGGACGUCCUCCCCGUCUUCCAGAAACUCAGCCGCUUCUUCCAGAUCGAGGACUUCGACCUCUCCAUCCUGAAGCCCAUCGUCUCUGCCACGGCCACCACCCUGCAGGCCCAGAAGAGCGCCAGCGGCCAGAACCUCCAGGAGUUCCUCAACGAGAUGAACGAGCACCCGCGGGACGACCGGGAGGGCGAGAGCCGCCUCUACUACAAGGGUGUUGAGCUGGCCAACUGCUCCAAGGUCCACCUGAAGCACUUUGAGCGCCUGAAGGAGAGCUACCUGGAGAGCGUGCGGGGCAACCUGCUGGACAGGUUCCCCAGCAGAGUCCUGGAGGCCAUCAGCUCCUUCUCGGCCAUCUUCAACCCCAAGUGCUACCCCCAGUCUUUGGAGGACAUUGGCAGCUACGGGGUCAGCGAGCUGAAUUUCCUCCUGCAGGCUUACUCCCGGGUGGUGGUGAGCGAGAGGGCCCUCAGCGAUUUCCCCCUCUUCAAGCGGAUCGUCUUCAGCCUCAGCCAGCUCUCCUUCAAGGACCUCUGCGUCAAGCUGGUCUACAGCAACUCUGAGAUGCACGAGCUCUUCCCGGACUUCGCCGUCCUUGCGGCCAUCGCCCUGGCCUUGCCACUGGGCUCGGUCCUUGCCGAGAAGAUCAGCCGGGGCCGGGAGCUGCUGAAGCGCGGCCGGUUGCGCUGCACGAAGGACGAGGGGCUCUCCGACCUCAUGAAGAUCGCCAUCGAUGGGCCGGCCAUCAACGAGUUUGACUUUGCGUUGGCCGUCGAGCACUACGAGAGCAUGAGGGAGUCCAGCUUCAUUGUGGCGCAGGUGAAGUGAGCGGCAGCCGGCAAAGGCAGCGCCCUGCGGGCAGGGAGCCGGGUCCUGCGGCCAGCCCUGAGCGCCGGCUUGAUGCCACCUUUCCCCGUCACUGGUCACCGCUGGGGCCGGGCAGCUGCCAGCGGAUGGUGACCUGCUCUGUGCUGGGAAGAGGAAAUGGGAUCCUUCACAAAGCCAUGCUAGUUGCAUGACCACCCCUCCCUCAUCCAUCUGAAUUGGCCAGAAUUUAGAAUCUUGGGGCCACCUGAAAUCCAAAUUGCGCAGAGGUUUUUUUCAAGGGUUUGUUGUUAUUUUGUUUUAGGGAGACGAAGGCAAAUCUUCUCUCGAGCUCAAAUGUCACGUUGCCUUUGCACAAUGGUACGCAGCAGCUUUUACUUAGUACUCUGCAAAAAAUAUCUGAUUUUUGUUGUUUUGGAGCCUCGAGAACGAAUGCAGAAAAGGCAGUGCAUCUUUCUAGCUCCGUGGCAAACCCUAAAAUGCCUGGCGGUGUCUUGUUGGUAUUCCUCGCGCACAGCACAAAAUUUUUUUUAGCAGUGGCAUCAAGUCCUGAUCAUUUCAAGAGCAAGAGAUUUAGAGAAUGAUAUUGUAAUCACCGAGGAAAUAGUAACUUCUAAAUGCAUCAUUGUGUAUAUAUGUGUAUGUGUAUAUAUAUAUAAAAAUAUAUAUAUAAAUAUAUAUAUAUUAAAAAGGUCUAUCUUAAUUUUCCUAGUGUUUAAAGUACAAAGAUAUCUAAAAGGACUUUUUUUGCAAUGACAGAAUAAAUUAUAAGCAGGGGUCCAAAAAAAUAAUAAAUAGCGAAUUCCUGGUGUUUUCAAAAUGGCAUCACAUACCUACGUUCCCUUUGCACUCUGAGCUCUCUGCAAC